AUGUCCAGGGCUUGUUCUGCUCUCGUCCAGGCAGAGAAACAACAGAGAAGGAGAAAAGCAGUCCGUGUGGAGCUCUUCACUGAUCUCAUCCGCUCCAUUGAGAGACAUCAGACUGAACUGCUGGAGAUGAUGGAGGAGCAGCAGAAAGCAGCAGAGAAACAGGAGCAAGAGCUGAUUGAAGAGCUGGAGCAGGAGAUCACUGAGCUAAAGAUGAGAAACACUGAGCUGGAGCAGCUCUCACACACUGAAGAUCACCUCCACCUCCUACAGAUUCACUCAUCCCUGUGCAGCUCUAGAAACACCAGGAACUGGCCUGAGAUCAGUAUGAAGACUCAUGAGAGUCUGGAGACUCUGAGGAGAGCUCUGACUCAACUGAAGGACACUAUAGAUGAGAAACUCACACUAACUGUCUCUACAGAGCUGAAGUGGAUGCAGCAGUAUGCAGUGGAUGUGACUCUGGAUCCUGAUACAGCUCAACCAUAUCUCAUUCUGUCUGAUGAUGGAAAACAAGUGAGAUAUGGAGACAUUACACAGAAACUCCCAGACAAACCAGAGAGAUUUGAUCCAUGUCCCUGUGUCUUGGGAAAGGAGGGAUUCUCCUUAGGGAGAUUUUAUUUUGAGGUGCAGGUGAAGGGAAAGACUUACUGGGAUUUAGGAGUGGUCAGAGAAUCCAUUAACAGGAAGGGACAGAUCACAGCAAGACCCAGUGAUGGAUACUGGACUGUGUGGCUGAGGAAUGGAGAUGAAUAUAAAGCCUGUGAGGAUCCUCGUGUCUCUCUGUCUCUGAGAGUGAAGCCGCAGCGGGUCGGUGUGUUUGUGGAUUAUGAGGAGGGUCUGGUCUCCUUUUAUGAUGUGGAGUCCAGCUCUCAUAUCUACUCUUUCACUGCUCAGUCUUUCACUGAAAAACUCUAUCCAUUAUUUAGCCCAUGCCCUAAUGAUGGAGGUAAAAACUCAAGUCCACUGAUCAUCACACCUGUCAGUUAUAAUAAAUGAAUUUACUCAAUUAUCAAAUGCAAGAUUAAAAUAAUGAAUUUUAUUAUUAAA